CUCAUACCGACACAUCAACAUCCAGACAGCCUUCUCGCUGGCUCGCCACCUCAUGAUGCGAAUGAACAUGUGAUACGACGUCUUGGGCCAAGUACCGUACCGUGCCGUACCACACUCUCCCAUACCCAUCUACUGAAUAAGUCAGCCGCAGCAGGAGCUGUACCGCUGCCAUGCCUCCAUCGCCUCCCCCUCCGCCUCCACCAGCUGCAGAGGUAGCAGACGCGAGUCACCGUCAGCAGAAACAAGGCUACCCUCCCCCAUCGCCCACCGCCUCCUUCUACGACAUGUCCGACGACGACGAGUCCGAAUAUAGCACCAUCAAACCCAGCAGGAGCACAAAGGGCGUGAAGCUGCUAUAUUGCAAGAGCAAGGUCUAUGUUCAUCCCACACAGAGCGCAAAGGACAACGUCGAUGGCUGGUUUGCCCUGAUUCAGCAGAAGCCAGCCGACGAGGGCGCAAGCAGCAGUGCGAGCAAGCCGCCAAAGAGAACAGACCUGCUUCUCGCAUGGGUGCCCGACAGCACGCUGGAUGCAGAUACACGUGCUGUCUAUACCAAAGUGGAAGCUUCGGACUCGGAAGGCACCCCAAACCCACGAAAUUUGGUCCCGCGACCACCUGUUGUGACCGCCCAUAGCUCGAGCUUAGGCACAUAUGCCUUUGCAGUCCCUGUAGCUGACAUCUUCUCCGUCCUGGUGCGGCCGCCGAGCACCGGGUGGUGGUUUGGGAGCAUCAUCAUUAAUACACGCACCGGCGACAGUUUCCCCGCUCUGUUCUUCCAUGAUUCGGAGUGCCAAUCGACGAUUGCCCAGCGUAAGAAGCUGCAGAGGGAGAACUUCAGCAUCAGCGCUGAAGAUGGCCACAUGUUCUGGGGCGGCGACCAAGCGAUCGAGUGGCUGAAGAAGUAUGUGGUGGUGGAGAGGUCAGCGCAGGAACCGAGCGUAUACAUGAUCGACCCGAACGAUGCCGACAAGCUGUCGUUUGGUAGUGGAGGAAAGCCUACUCCAGACAAAGUCAAGAACGUCUUAGAAGGUAAGCACAAGGAUGAUCCGUCAAAGGACAAGCGGAAGAGCGCAGGACAACAAGACCCAGUCAUGAAGGCUCUACAGAAUGCAAGGUGGAGCUUUCUCGAGAAAAUGGCACAAGUGACCACUUUUACAAGGAGGACUGCACAGGCCGUGGCAGAGAACAAGAGCUUGCCGCCUCAGGUGAGGAGGCUGCUGCAGAACCCGCAAGUUCAAACUGUAUCCGACGAGUUUGAUUCUGCCAGAAUAUACUUGGCACGAUGGGCCAUGGGCAUUGCAGAACAGUCCGAACGUGAGCGCAAUCAACGAAUCUGGACUGCCAAAGACGUUUUGGAGAUGGAAGAUACCGAGCUCGGUGAAUUUGAGAUAUUGGACAUGGAGCAGGGCAUCAGUCUAGCCGAUAAGAGAAAGCCCGUUACCAUGAAGGAGUGGACCAGCUUCUUUAACUCACACACGGGCAAGCUCGAGAAGACACCCGAUGAAGUCAAGGAACGCAUUUUCCACGGCGGCAUGUGCCCAGACGAUGGCGUUCGUAAGGAGGCCUGGCUGUUCCUUCUCGGUGUCUACGAAUGGGAUAGCACGACAGAGGAAAGGCACGCUCACAUGAACAGUCUGCGUGAUGAGUACAUCCGCUUGAAAGGUGCUUGGUGGGAGCGCAUGGUCGAUGAAGCUGGCACGUUGGAAGAACGCGAAUGGUGGAAGGAGCAGAAAAUGCGCAUUGAAAAGGACGUACAUCGUACUGAUCGACACAUCCCGAUAUUUGCGGGCGAGGAUAUACCGCAUCCCGAUCCGGACAGUCCCUUCGCCGAAGCUGGCACGAAUGUGCACAUGGAACAAAUGAAGGACAUGCUACUAACAUACAACGAGUACAACCGGGAUCUUGGCUAUGUCCAAGGUAUGUCUGAUCUUCUAGCGCCCAUCUAUGCUGUUGAGCAAGAUGAUGCAGUCGCUUUCUGGGGCUUCACAAAGUUCAUGGAACGUAUGGAGCGCAACUUCCUCCGCGACCAAUCCGGUAUGCGAUUACAGUUGCUCACCCUCGACCAGCUGGUGCAGCUCAUCGACCCCAAACUCUAUGAGCAUUUGGCCAAAGUGGAUAGUACCAAUUUCUUCUUUUUCUUCCGGAUGCUCAUCGUCUGGUUCAAGCGCGAAUUCGAAUUUGAAGCCAUUCUUCGAAUGUGGGAGGGCCUAUGGACAGACUACUACUCGGCAAACUUUCAUCUUUUCAUCGCUGCCGCCAUCCUGGAGAAGCACAGGAAUGUCAUCAUGGAGCAUCUGAAAGGCUUUGAUGAAGUGCUCAAGUACGUGAACGAGCUCAGUGGCACUAUCGACCUUCACAGCACGUUAGUACGAGCAGAGUCGCUGUUCCGGAAGUUCCAGCGCAUAGUAGAAGCCAUUGACAGGAAGAACAAUUUCCCCCAAGCUCCGAUUUUGAGGCAGAGACUACCUCAGCCGCCCAGUCCUGGAGCGCAACCCGUAGGUGAUGGACGACCUCGAAACACCAGCAAUUCCGGACCUAGCAACCGAGCACAGAGUGCUGCAGUGACGGGCAGAGAACAGACAGCAGGGGGAAUUGGCGCACAAGCGAGCGCGGCCGACAGAGAAAAGGUGAUCUCGCCUGAGCUGAGAGCGCUGUUGAGUAGGGAGCCGCCUAAGCUCUCGAAGGAAGAAGUACGAGAGCACUCGUAGAAGCAUGUGCUCCGCAGACUCGGGCAAUAAUCGAGCUCGGCGAAACGAGAAUUUUGGCAAAUGCGACAGUGUAUGGGAUAUGUGAUAUGACCCGAUUCUGAUUGAUGAGGCAUAGUAUGAAAUGCAUGGCAGCGGCGUACUGGCUCAUGGAAAUGGUGUGGUUCUGAGAAAUGUUGGGCCACAGGCUACCUUUGAGAGAGCGUGAGUCGUAUAUCGCUCCACGAGCAAUUAUGUUUCUCUGAACUUCCACCUUGACAUCACUGCAGCUAGCAUGAUACUUCCACAUGAUCGCUCCACAUAAUCAUUCAUCAUCAUCAUCAUCAUCCAUCAGCUCGGCAAGUUCUGCCUCUUCCUCCGCUGUAAGCAUAUUACCUCUCCCCGCAGCUUUCUCCUCCUCCGUCUCCGCCGCCACCCCAGUCAACGUCUCUCGAGCCCUCUCCUCCUCCCACGCAAGCAUAUCCUUCCUGUCCAAACUCCACUGUCGCAACGUCCCAUCAAUACUCACACUCACCACCUUCCGCUGCCUCUCACACGCCACCAGCCCCGUCACCUCCUCAAAAUGUCCUCCGUACACACAUACCACUUCCCCGCGACUCGCAUCCCACACUCGCACCUCUUCGUCUCGGCACGCCGUGACGACCAGCCCCAACGUGUCGAAUACGGCAAUAUCCCGCACAAAGUCUGGGUGUGGGAGAGUCGUGUCGGAUUCCCAGUUGCGGGAGCGAAUGAGGUGGUGGCAUGUUUUGUCGGCGGAGCAGGUCCAGAGAUCUCCCGAGGUGUCAAAGUGGAGGCGGUAGAUGCUUGUUUCGUGCGGUCUGAGGGGUUGUGAGAGGGAGGUGGGGGUUUCUGAGGCGGUGUGGGUGGAGAGGUUGAUGGUCCAGGUGCGGAGGAUGGGGGAUGAGGAGGACGAGAAGAGGGUGAUCUCUUCUUCUGCUUCUUCUCCUUCUCCUUGGUCUUCUUCAUCUGGGAGGGAGGGGGAGGAGGAGGAGACUAAGGGGUCGAUGGCGAGGUUUGUGAUGGCUUUGGUGUGGCCUUUGAGUUUGUGGAGGAUUUUGUUGGUGGAAAUAUCCCAAAUGAUGAUGGUAGAAUCUGCCGAGCCGGAGAUGAGAAUGGGAGUUUUGUUGAUGGUGGUUGCAAGGACUGUCUUGAGGAAAUCGGUGUGGCCUGCAAGUUUUCGAAUGUUGGUCGGAUUGUCGAGGGGGAUGGCAUAGGUGAAUUUAUCCCAGCAGCCCGUGAAAAGCGUCUUGGUUUGUAGACAUAUGCUCAAGCAGGUGAGAGGCGCUGCACAUUGAUCGAAGAUCUUUUGGACUUUACGUGUACACUUCCAAGUCUACUCUUUUGAUCUCUCCGACUGCUUCUGCGAGGUAGACGGCAUUUUCGUCCCAUGGGUCUGCAAUGACUGCGAGAACUUUUGACGAGAGCUUGAUUGGGUCGCCGUGCUUGUUCUUGGACUUUGCUGCCUUUCGUUCUGUAGUCGCGAGAGCUUCAGUUGUUUGGAAGUAGUGCCCGGGAUCAUUUGAGCGCGACAUCUCCCUCGUAGCCUUGCGAGCAAACCAGACAGAUAUUGUAAGUGACUAAAUGGACGUUUUUUCUUUCUUUUCGGUUGUAUCGGGCUCGUGAUAUUUCGUGGCGCAGACUGCUACGUUACUUACGAC